GAGUUGUUCCGAGGUAUUCUACCGCUCUUCGUUAACACCACGUUACGCUUCUCUUCGGUUUUCAACCUAGUUCAGAUCGUUACCAGCUUCGACUUCGAUCACCGGCAUAUUACGACUUUCGAUCAAGUGGAGAGAACCGGCCCGCUACGAUGGCACCGAAUAAUAGCAAAAAGGCUGCUGCCGAAUGUAUCUCGGACGAUGCUCUCAUCCACCUUAAAUCCUACAAAUACUCGUCUGUCGACAAGUCGCCCGUAUCAUACUAUAUCCUUCGUCCAUACUGGAAUGCCUUCGUCGAGCUUAUGCCGUUAUGGCUCGCACCCAACAUGGUGACCCUGAUCGGGUUCGGCUUCAUUCUAGUUAAUAUUGCGCUACUAGUUAUAGUAAUGCCAGAUCUAGUAGGACCGGGUCCCUCAUGGCUAUACCUUAGCUUUGCCUUUGGUCUGUUUAUGUACCAGACUAUGGACAACAUCGACGGAAAACAAGCGAGACGAACGGGCACAUCGAGCGGUUUGGGCGAGCUCUUCGACCACGGUAUCGACUCCCUAAACUGUACCCUUGGCAGCCUGUUAGAAACAGCCGCGAUGGCACUAGGAACUUCGAAAUCAGGUGUCUUCACCGCCCUAUGCCCCUGCCUACCCAUGUUCUUCUCAACCUGGGAGACCUACCACACGCACACGCUAUACCUAGGCUACGUCAACGGACCAACCGAAGGUCUCCUAAUCGCCUGCAGUCUCAUGGCGCUCUCGGGUAUAUACGGGCCCGGUAUCUGGACCGAGCGCAUCGUAGACCUAGUCGGAGCGCACAACCUCUUCGGAUACGAACACCUAGUCGGCGACCACUCGAUCCGAGAUAUCUGGAUCCUCGUCAUCGUGGGCUCAUUACUCUUCGGCCACAUGCCAUUCUGCGUUCUCAACGUCGUCAAAGCCCGGCGCCGGAACAACCUCCCCGUCCUCCCCGUCUUCCUCGAGUGGAUACCAAUGGGCGUAUACACAUUCUCAAUCGGCGCAUGGCUAUACUCACCUCACUCCACUCUCCUCCGCGAAAACCACCUCGUCCUAUUCUGCCUAACCAUGUCCCUAGUCUUCGGCCGCAUGACCACGAAAAUGAUUCUCGCGCACUUAACCCGCCAGCCCUUUCCCUACUGGACCGUCAUGCUAGUCCCCCUCGUAGGCGGCGCAAUCCUAGGAAACCUGCCGAGAUUUGGUCUGCCUGCGGUAACGGCGCAGGUCGAGCACUUGUACCUAUGGGCGUACUUCGUCUUCGCGUUUAUCGUGUACUCCCGUUGGGCGUACCUCGUUACCACGAGUAUAUGUAAUUACCUCGGCAUCAAUUGUCUGACGAUCCCGUAUGAGAAGCAGAUGGAGAAUAAGCGGAAAUUAGAACAGGAACGGGCGGCGGCGAAUGGGAAGAAAGCGCAGUAAAGGAAAAGGAAGAGCUUAAGGCCGAGGCGGGUACGAUUCUGGAAAGUGGAAUGUUCCCUCUCCUUUAUUCUGGAGAAUGGCUUUUCGAAUGGCCUAACCCUCCGUAUACUGUUUUUAAUAGUGAAGACCGUGGUUAGAUAACCGGCCUUC